AUGCAAAACUCAAUAGAGUCUAUUUAUGUACAUUUAAUCGAAUGGCACAGAGCUGUAUAUAUUUUUUAUUAGUUUUAGUAGUCCUAAGCCGAAACACUAGUAGUGCUCAUCGAUAUAGCGAAAGCGUAAGCGUAAACGAAACUCAACAACAGCAACAAAUUAAUGCAGCACGAAGAAUACUCAACAGCAGCAGUAGCAGCAGCAGCAGCAGCAGCAGCAGUAGCAGCCAGAACGAGAGCAAUGCGGCGGCUGUUAAUUUGUCCACUCAAACCCAAACCACUUACCACAAGGCCAACGCCGCGAGGUUCAACACUCACCCUGACUUUGACUCUGUCUCGGACCUAGCAGAGAACUUGCAGGUCAUAAGUAAUACUCAUUUAAAUGCCAGUGAACACGAGCAGCAGCAGCUGGAACAGCAGCAGCAGCAGCAGCAUCUCCUCAAUGAGAACGAUGUGUUUGGCCCCUACAGUAUUCCGGAGGAGGCAAUCUACACAAAUGAGUUUGCCGUACACAUUCCGGCUGGCAAAUAUGUGGCCGAUGCCAUUGCGGACAAGUAUGGCUUCGUGAAUCGGGGUCAGAUUGGAGCACUCGACGAUUAUUAUGUCUUCCAUCAUCAUCGCGUCUCGAAGCGUUCAUUGCGUUCCAGUCACAAGCAUCAGAGUGAUCUAAGAUCCGAGAAUGAGGUUAAGUGGCUGCAGCAGCAACAUGAGAAAGUACGACGAAAGCGCGAUGGUCCCUAUCAGGAUCUGCCCACCUACAAGCCGCAUCUAUCCACGCAUUCGCCACGCCUGGAGUAUCGUGAUGUUAGCUCGCAUUCCAUAUUUCCGGAUCCCUUGUUCAAGGAGCAGUGGUAUCUGAAUGGCGGUGCCAAAGAUGGCCUGGAUAUGAAUGUGGGACCUGCCUGGCAAAAGGGUUACACCGGAAAGGGUGUUGUCGUGUCCAUACUGGACGAUGGCAUCCAAACAAAUCAUCCAGAUCUGGCCCAGAAUUAUGAUCCCGAUGCCUCAUUCGAUAUCAAUGGCAAUGACUCGGAUCCCACGCCGCAGGAUAAUGGCGACAAUAAGCAUGGCACACGCUGUGCCGGCGAAGUGGCAGCCGUCGCCUUUAACAAUUACUGCGGCGUGGGUGUGGCCUACAAUGCCAGCAUUGGUGGUGUGCGCAUGCUCGAUGGCAAAGUCAAUGAUGUGGUGGAGGCGCAGGCCUUGAGUUUGAAUCCCUCGCACAUUGAUAUUUACAGUGCCUCGUGGGGCCCCGAGGAUGAUGGCUCAACGGUGGAUGGACCUGGCCCGUUGGCUCGUCGCGCCUUCAUUUAUGGCGUGACCAGCGGACGGCAGGGACGCGGCUCCAUAUUCGUUUGGGCCUCGGGCAACGGUGGCCGCUACACCGAUUCGUGCAACUGCGAUGGCUACACCAAUUCGAUCUUCACCCUCUCCAUCUCGAGUGCCACGCAGGCGGGCUUCAAGCCCUGGUACUUGGAGGAAUGCUCCUCAACGCUGGCCACCACCUACAGCUCGGGUACGCCCGGCCAUGACAAGAGUGUGGCCACCGUCGAUAUGGAUGGACGUUUGCGACCCGAUCAUAUUUGCACAGUUGAGCAUACGGGCACCUCGGCUUCAGCACCGCUGGCAGCUGGGAUUUGUGCACUCGCACUGGAGGCAAAUCCAGAUCUCACCUGGCGGGAUAUGCAGUACCUGGUGGUGUAUACGUCGCGACCCUCACCGCUGGAGAAGGAGGGCGGCUGGACCCUGAAUGGCGUGAAGCGGAAAUACAGUCACAAAUUUGGCUACGGACUGAUGGAUGCCGGCGCCAUGGUCACAUUGGCAGAGCAGUGGACCUCAGUGCCGCCGCAGCAUAUAUGCAAGUCGCGCGAGAAUAACGAGGAUCUACGCAUCGAGGGCUCCUUUGGCUUCACCUUGCCCACGCACAUGGAUGUGAAUGGCUGUGCGGGAACGAUCAAUGAGGUGCGGUAUCUGGAGCAUGUCCAGUGUCGCAUUACCCUGCGCUUCUUUCCGCGAGGAAAUCUAAGGAUUCUAUUGACUUCGCCCAUGGGCACAACGAGCACUUUGCUGUUUGAGCGACCGCGGGACAUUGUCAAGUCAAACUUUGACGAUUGGCCAUUUCUCAGCGUGCAUUAUUGGGGCGAAAAGGCCGAGGGACGUUGGACCUUGCAGGUGAUUAACGCGGGCCGUCGUAGGGUCAAUCAGCCGGGCAUACUAUCCAAGUGGCAGCUGAUCUUCUAUGGCACAUCCAAUCAGCCCAUGCGUCUCAAGUCGGAGCUGCUGAAUGGCAAUCCACAGAUGCGUAGCCCCAUUGGGGGCGCCAAUCCGUUUCUCUUUCCAUCCGCCUCGAAUAUCGGCCAGCCGGCCAAUGAGGGCGGCAACUACAACACCGACAGCUUUGCCGGCUAUCUCAACUAUCAGAAUAUAUUCACCAGUGCCGGAUCGGACCCAGAGCCGGCCACCGCAACGCUAGAUGGACAGAAUGUCACGGCCGCCCAGCUGAAGGGAGUGCCAGGCGAUGCCAGCAAGAUUGUGCUGUACUCCUGCGAUGCCGAAUGCGAUUCCCUGGGCUGCUAUGGCCGUGGACCCACACAGUGUGUGGCCUGCAGUCAUUAUCGUUUGGACAACACCUGCGUGAGUCGUUGUCCGCCUAGAUCUUUUCCCAAUCAAGUGGGCAUCUGUUGGCCCUGCCACGACUCCUGCGAGACCUGCGCUGGCGCCGGACCCGACAGCUGCCUCACCUGUGCCCCAGCCCAUCUGCAUGUGAUCGAUCUGGCUGUCUGUCUGCAAGUCUGUCCAGAUGGUUAUUUUGAAAAUAGCAGAAAUCGAACGUGCGCUCCGUGCGAACCAAACUGUGCCUCCUGCCAGGACCAUCCCGAGUAUUGCACCAGCUGUGACCAUCAUCUAGUGAUGCAUGAGAAUAAAUGCUACUCUGCCUGUCUGGAUACAUACGAAACGGAGGAUAACAAAUGUGCCUUUUGCCACACGACAUGCGGUACAUGUAAUGGCCCAACGGACCAGCACUGCAUCACAUGUCGACCAGGUCGUUAUGCCUGGCAAAACCAAUGCCUUAAUAGCUGUCCGGAUGCAUUUUAUGCGGACAAGAAGCGGCUGGAGUGCAUGCCCUGCCAGGAUGGCUGCAAGACCUGCACCAGCAAUGGCAUAUGCUCCGAGUGCCUUCCAAAUUGGUCGCUGAACAAGAAGGACAAAUGCAUUGUGGCCGGUAGUGAGGCCUGCAAUGAAUCCGAAUUCUUUAGUCAGAUUGAGGGCCAGUGCCGUUCCUGUCAUGCCUCCUGCGAGAGCUGUAAUGGUGCUCUCGAUACGAACUGCAUGUCCUGCCCAGCCAAUCGAUUGCUGGAGCUGAGCCGAUGCGUGAGCGGCUGUCAGGAUGGGUUCUUCAUGGAGACGGGCGUCUGUUCGCCCUGCCUGCACACCUGCAGCCAGUGCAUAUCACGCACCAAUUGCAGCAACUGCUCCAAGGGCCUCGAACUGCAGAAUGGCGAAUGCCGCACCACCUGUGCCAAUGGCUACUAUAGCGAUCGGGGCAUCUGUGCCAAGUGCUAUCUCAGCUGUCACACAUGCAGCGGACCACGGCGCAACCAGUGCGUCCAGUGCCCAGUCGGCUGGCAGCUGGCAGCCGGCGAAUGCCAUCCAGAGUGUCCCGAGGGCUUCUACAAGUCGGACUUUGGCUGCCAGAAGUGCCAUCAUUAUUGCAAGACAUGCAAUGAUGCCGGUCCUUUGGCCUGCUCCUCGUGCCCGCCACACUUUAUGCUCGAUGGAGGACUGUGCAUGGAGUGCCUUAGCUCACAGUACUACGACAUUACGACAUCCACAUGCAAGAGUUGCCACGAUUCGUGCCGCUCCUGCCUGGGCCCCGGCCAGUAUUCGUGCAAGAACUGCGCACCGCCCCUCCACUUGGAUCAGUUGAACAGCCAGUGUGUGCCAUGCUGUAAGCAGAAUCAAACCAGCACAAACGACACCACAAUAUCAGCCGAAUGUUGCCAUUGCGACAAGGACACGGGUGAAUGCAAAGCUACCUCUACGGGCGGCAAACGGCGCACAGUCAUUGGCAGUGGCAGCAUGUACAAAAGCGGCGGCGAUGCCGAAGCUGAUGCCCAGCUUGGCGGCAGUGAGGGCAAUGGCAAUGAGUUCCUUGUGCGGCUGGACUCUCCUUUGACAGCCAUCACGGCCAUUGCAGUGGCCAUUUGUCUGUUGAUUAUCACCAUAUUUUCCAUUAUUUUUGCUGUUCUACAGCGCAACAGCAACCAUGUAACGAGAAAUUCUGUAAGAUACAGAAAGAUAGCCAGCAAGUCGUCGGGGGGCGGUCGUCGCAAGAACAAUGCCUCAGCCACAAAGACGAGUAAUGAGGCAAGAUUUAUAUUUAAUGUGGGCGAGGACGAUGACACCGAUGAGGAGGAUGAUGCUGAUAAUACGGAGGAUGAUAUGUUGGAUGUAACGGCAGAGGUGAAGCGGAUCGUUUAUGACCCCAAAGGCACAAUACAUGGGAACGAAUUUUACAUUGAGAGUACAAAAGAUAUUGAUGCGAUUGAGUUUCAUUGCAAGGGAGGAGGCGCCACCGCCACCGCCCCAAAGAGAAGAAGUUGCAAUGAAUACGGCAAUGGAAAUGGAAAUAGAAAUGGAGGAGAACCAGAUGAUAUUAUGUCCAACAACACGUUUAGAGAUCCGGCAACAGCAACAGCAACAGCAGCAGCAGCAGCAACUCCAAGCUGUAGCAAUAAUAUCCUUAGCUGAUUGAUUGAUUGAUUGAUUGAACCCGCAAUUGACAACGCGAUUUUCUCUUGGAUUUCUCUUGCGCGCUCCCUCUUUCUCUCUCUCUCUCCCUCUGGACUAGUAAAUUUUAACAAAAAACAAAAAAACAAACCUUACUUUGGAGGUAAUAUAGCGAAAUCGAAAUAUUUAACAUCCAGAAAAACAAAACAAAAAAAAAAACAAAAAAUGAUAAAAAAUUUAUAUGUGAUUGUGAAUUGUUU